AUAUCUCAUAUUCCAAUUAUCAUUAAAUUAAAUGAUAUUUACAUAGGAUAAAUUUAUUUGCAAUCAUUUUCACAUUUUUGGUUUGCCGAAUUAUAUACAGGCCGGUCAGUCAAGAAUGUCUAACAAAAGAAAAAAGAUCCAGAACAGGCAGAAAUUUAUGGAAUUAUAAUCAGACGGUUUUUUUGUUUUUAUAUAGAGCAAUCGUUUAUCUUCAACAACUUUUUUAUAAAUAUAUAAAUUUUGAUAUAUUCAUUCUAUUUUCAUCUUCAUAGUUGUUCACAAUUGAAGUGAACACAAUAGUUUUCAAAAUCAUAGGAGAGGAAAUUUUUAUAUUGAGAAAGGAGUUUAGCUAAGCAUAGAGAAAUUUCAGGUGUGAGUGAUCAUGGGUUCUUGUACGUCAAAGGAUAGCAAUGAUAUAAAUACUGCUACCAAACCUUCUAAUACCCAAGCAAGACGUAACAAUCAGAGAAGUGCAUUGCAACAACAGCAACAAUCAGGUCUGUCCAAUAAUAUUCAGCAUAAUCCAUCCAGUGAUUCGUCUAAUGUUCUGGAUAAGCAACAAUCCAAUAACACAAGCACAACUAAUGGAACUGCUCAGAUAGGAAAUGGAUCUGCCACCACAUCUGCAUCUUCUCCACUAGCACUGGCUGCUGCAGGUGGGUCUAAUGGAGUAACCUCCAUUCAACAACAACUUUCUUCAAAUCCAGUAUCUGUUGCAGCUGAACAAUCACAAUCGGAUUCUAACGAAAUAAAAAUCCUAUUAUUAGGUUCAGGAGAAAGUGGAAAGUCAACUGUUGUGAAACAAAUGAAGAUAUUACAUCAAAAUGGUUAUUCAAAGUCAGAAUUACAAGAGUAUAAACCAUUUGUGUAUAAAAAUAUCUUGGAUUGUAUCAAAAAUGUCAUCAAUGCUAUUAUUGAUUUACAACCUGAGUUAAUUAAUAAAUCCAACGAUAGUAAUUUAAUCAAUGAUCAAGAAGUCGAACAAAAUGAAGUUGAUAGUGUUGAAAAGUACGAAGGUAAAGGUCUCAAAAAGCAUGUUCUUGAAUAUGAUGAUUUGAACGAAGUCUUAGAUUAUGACUUUUCCAUUGAUUCCGAACAAGUGUUUAAUCCAGACAUUGCCAAAAAAAUAAAACAAAUCUAUAAUACCCCAGAAGUGCAAUACUUUAUAAAGUUUCAGCAAGGUAAUUUCUAUUUAAUUGAUUCAACAGAUUAUUUAUUAAGUGAUAUAGAUCGAAUCACCAAUCCUGAUUAUUUACCAUCCGUUAAUGAUAUUUUAAGAACAAGAAAGAAAACUUCAGGUAUUUUUGAUUUCAGAUUUCAAAUGGGAAGAGGAUUAAAUAUUCAUAUGUAUGAUGUUGGUGGACAAAGAUCAGAACGUAAAAAAUGGAUCCAUUGUUUUGAUAAUGUUACUUUAAUUAUCUUUUGUGUGGCUUUAUCUGAAUAUGAUCAAACUUUAUUAGAAGAAAGUACUCAAAAUAGAUUAGAAGAGUCAUUGGCUUUAUUUGAUUCAGUGGUUAAUUCAAGAUGGUUUACCAGAACUUCAGUUGUUUUAUUUUUAAAUAAAAUCGAUGUAUUUGAGAAAAAAUUACCUUAUUCUCCAUUAAAAGAUCAUUUCCCUGAUUAUACUGGUGGUGAUAAUGUUAAUAAAGCUGCCAAAUACAUCUUAUGGAGAUUCAAUCAAGUCAAUAGAUCAGGUUUAAACAUUUAUCCUCAUGUCACCCAAGCUACAGAUACUUCCAAUAUUGUUGUCGUUAUGGCAAAUGUCAGAGAAGCAAUUUUAAACAAUUCAUUAUCGGAUAUUGGAAUUUUACCAUCUGCUUGAACGAAAGAGGUCAAAUCUUCACAUAUUACAUUUCUCCCAUUUGCAUUUUCAUAUCAACUUAUAUUACGACUUUAUUUCGAUUGCAUAUUCAUAUCUCUUGUUCUCAUUAUUUACGAAACGAAAACUGAUUUAGUGACAAUUUUUUUUAUUUUUAUUUAUUUUAACAAAAACUUUUAUUUUUAACUAUAGUGUAUGGUAUUUGUGUGUUUCUUUCAAAAACAAAAAUAAUAAAAAAACUAUUUAUUUAUUCA